AUUAAGUGUGAAAGACUAGAUGCUGUACACGGUGAGGCACACAAGGCUUAUUUCCUACAAGAUCACAACGUCAGAGGCUGAAGUCAACAGAAGACACAGUGGCAUCUUUGUUAUAGUGGCUGUGGUGAAACUGAAAAAGAGGGAUUGUUGUGAAACCAUGGCACAGUAAACAGAAGGAAUCCCCUUUAUUCCCCAGCUGUAGAGCUGCACUGCUGCCCCACGCCCUUUUCAGGAAUUCGGGAGGAGUGGUUUCAAAUCACACAGGCUAGACACACACACAAGCACACAUUCACACAGACACCCCACCCUGCUGUGCCUGCAGCUGGUUAAACCCUGCUGUUAGGCCUCUUCCUGUGAGGAGCUAAGCUCAGCUCAGUCAUGAAGCGGCAGUUGGAGCUAGCUGCAUUGGGCCUGGGCAUUACAGGCUGGCUGUGCGCCAUCCUCACCCGCUGCCUGCCCCUGUGGAAAGUCAGCGGCACUCUGGACAACUCCACAGCCACGCUGCCAGCAUACUGGGAUGGGGUGUGGCUGGAAUGGAACCACUGGGACCUCAACCAUGACGGUAGCCUCCACUGCUCCUUCUACCAGUCUUUGUUAUCACUCUCUGGAAACUUCCAAACAUGGAGAAGCUUGAUCAUGGCUUCUAUAGGUGCUGGAGCUUUUGCUGUGGUCAUCAGUAUCAUUGGAGAGGUGUGGUUUCCGAAGAGGAAUCAGGUGAAAGUUGUCUCCGGUGUGGUGUUUGUGCUGUCUGGAAUACUGCUGCUUGUCCCUGUCGCUUGGACCUGCCACCACACUAAUAAGCCACUGGAGGGCGCUGUGGUUCUGAGGAGAGACUGGGGAGCUGCUCUGUACAUAGGAUGGAUCUCCUUCUCUCUGAUGGUAGUAGGGGGAGGGUUUCUCAGUACUAKAUGCCUCAUGUUCCAGCAGCAGGAUGAGUCAGAAAGAGGGAGUUACCCUCCAGGUUAUCCUGGGGCAGAGCAGGAGCCAACCAACCCCCUGGAUACUAUCCACAGGACUGCUUUUAGACACAGCCAGUAUGCUCGGGCAACAACACGGCCUUCAUGAGAAGAUGCAAUCACUCUGAGGGCCUUGAGUGAGGAACCUUCCACCUUUGAAUUAUUCUUCUGUGAAAUUCUACCUAAAUUGCAUGUGUACUAGGUAUGAAUGGAUUUCUAGGUACUAUAGACAAUGUUAGAAGUCAUUCUUCUACUGCAAUGAAGCACUUUGAAAGAUGUUGAAGAAUUUAUAAUAGGGGUAAAGGAAUAGCACUACCCAUGGAGAGUGAAUUGCGCUUUCAACUGUAAUAAUUGGGUCUGAAAUGUCAAGUUGCUUAAUUUUUGUAUUGGUGGUAAGGGUUAAGCAUCUAAGUGUUACAUUGCCUUCAGAAAGUAUUCACACCCCUGGACUUUUUCCACAUUUUGUUGUGUUACAAUAACCCAUGAUGUCAA